GGCUGCCCCCGGCUGACGCACAUCCUCCGCCCACGGCCCCGCCGCUUCCCGGCUCCGCCGCCCACGACCCGGGGGGGCCGCCCGAGCCCGAUUCGCCCACGGAGCCGAGCGCCGGGGGGGCGGGGGAGGCUGCUGAGCACGGCCGGUGCUCCCCCCCGCCCCUCCUGAGCCGCCCCCUCCCCACGCUGGGGGUCCCGGGUGGGCAUCACGCAGCCGAGCGGAGCCCGGUGCAGGGGCCGCUGCCCCGCGCCCCGCAGAGCCCCCCACGCAAACAACGAGGUGCCGCCUCCUGAUAGGCGGAGCCGCUUGUCAAUCAAGCCGGCUUGGAGGAGAGGGGCGGGAGAGCCGAGGCUGAGCGCUGAUUGGCUAAGGUGGAUGCCUGUCAAACUCGUUGCUAAGGUGGGGCUCGCGGUUGCUAUGGUGUGGGCCGGCUUCGAGAUUGAGCGGAGCUCGUGGUGGUCACCUCGGUAACUGUGGGCGGGACCAAAUCCUGAUCCUGCUUAGGCUAUGCUGAUAGGUCGAAUGCACUGUCAGUCAACACUGCAGGCGACGAGGAUCUCGCGAAGCCGCCUUCCUAUUGGUCUCUUUAGCCGUCACCGAUUGAUGACAUCAUACGGGCUUCGCGCUCUCAUUGGAUGCUGCCUUGUACUCCGUUGCCGUCCGCAGUGUGGGUGGGGCGGCGGAAGCGGAAGUUGGCGGGGACGCCAUGGCGGGAGGGAUGAAAGCGGUCCCGGGGCGGCGGCGGAUCCUGGGCGCGUUGCUGCUGCUGCUGCUCCUACUGUCGCCUCCGCUAGGCGGUGCAGGUGAUGGGGCGGAGGUGAUCGCGCUGCGGGAGGGCUCUGAGCGCUGCCACACCACCUCGCACCACUUCUGCUACACCAACGUGCACAGCCCCUGCUGGCGAGACAUCUGGACCAGGAUGCAGAUCCGGGUGAACAGCAACCACGUGAUCCGUGUCACCCAGGUGGGCAGCGAGGAGGAGUUGAGGGAGUUGGAGGAGUCCAAGGUGUGGAAUUUCCUCUCCUCCCUACUGAGGGAGAAGCUGAACAGCACCAACAUCGACAUGGAUCUCUACAGCAACAAAACCUGCCUGAAGGUUGAGCUGCUAGAGGCUGACACCAGAUACUGCAUUGUGCUGUCCCGCUGGUUUGACCCUAAACUGUUCCUGGUUUUCUUCCUGGGCCUGUUGUUGUUCUUCUGUGGGGACAUGCUGAGCAGGAGCCAGCUCUUCUUCUACUCAGCUGGGAUAAGCAUUGGCUUGCUGGCCUCGCUGCUCAUCCUCAUCUAUGUGAUGUCCAAGGCCAUGCCCAAGAAAAGUCCUGUUUACUUCCUGCUGCUAGGAGGCUGGUCCUUUUCCCUGUACCUGCUUCAGCUGGUUUUCAAGAACCUGCGGGAGAUAUGCAUGUCCUACUGGCAGUACCUGCUGGGCUACCUGCUGCUCAUGGGCUUUGUGAGCUUUGGAGUGUGCUACAGGUACGGCCCGCUGGAGAAUGAGCGCAGCAUCAACCUGCUCUCCUGGGCCCUGCAGCUCCUGGGCCUGGCACUGAUAUAUUUGGGCAUCCAGAUCCGCCCCAUCGCCCUGGCCUUGAUGCUCAUUGCUGUCUGCACCAAGAACAAGGACUACCCCCUGCAGUGGAUCUAUGGUGUCUACAAGAGAGCACAGAGUGCCCGGCUGGGGCCGAGCCCCCCUCGCCUGCUGACCGAAGAGGAAUAUCGUGUUCAGGGUGAAGUGGAGACACGUAAGGCCCUCGAGGAGCUUCGAAACUACUGCAGAAGCCCGGAUUUCUCUGCCUGGACUGCAGUGUCCCGCAUCCAAUCUCCCAAAAGGUUUGCUGAGUUUGUGGGUGGUGCCUCUCACCUCACUGCCAGCGAGGUGUCCUUCCAUGAGCAGGAGUACGGCCUGGGCGGGGUGUUCCUCGAGGAGCAGCUUUUUGAGGAGGACGAGGAGGAAGACUUUCUCUAUGGAGAGGCAGCACGAGCUGCUUGUGGUCCCACAACCCACCUGACUGCUGAUUGAGGUCAGCUGCCCCACAACCACAAGGGAGAGCAGCAAAACUGCUGUGGCUCCUCACAUCCCUGACACCUGCAGUGUCCAAAACCCUCUGUUCAGGGCUGAGCUGGUGUUGCUGUGCCCAGCACCUCCGAUUCCACCCCGAGCUGGGCUGCUGCAAGCCUGGCUCUGCUGCAGAGCUGCUAGGAGGAUGGAGGGAGCUGACUUCUUCCCAGGGUAACUCCUACCAGCUGAGGCACAAAAGCUUUUAUCAGUGCAGCUCUCAUUGGCAGAAGGGGGCAGUGAGCUGACUCUGGUGGGGACACUGAGAUCUGCGCUGCUGGUGUGGCGCACUGUUCCUGACUGGAGGUGGACUGGAGCCAUCCUGGUUCUUGGUGCAUUUCAUUGUGGUGCACACGUUGUAGGGGCUUCCUGUGGGGCACACUGAGCCCAGCCCUGUGCCCCAGUGCUGCUGCCAUAGGGGACAGAAGGAGCCGCUCUGCUCUGCUCUGCUUUGCUCUGCUCUGGGUGCCCACACCCUCUCUCUGCCAAGGGCAUCUCUGCCUUUCAGGGUGUGGAUGGAGCAAAAGGUCCAUCUCAUGUGCGUGUCCCUGCAGGGAUGACACAUUCAUAAGGGGAACUUUGGACCUCUCCUGACAGUACCUGCAUGCUCAGCACCUGCUUGCUGCCAGGCUGCUCCUCCUCGUGCUGCUGCUCACCAAAGGUGCCAGAGGGCUCCAGCUGUGACUCUGCCUUGUUUUAAUACCAAAAACCCUGUGCUUCCUGGGCAGAGAUGCAGCUCUGAAGGCUCCUCUGUCUCAGUGCAGAGCUCAAGGAACACUUUUGAAGGUGCCUGUGAUAGGGGUCCUGCUCCCAGUGUGUGGGAGCUGCUGCUGCUCUCUGCUUUCAGCCCUCUGGCCUCAGGGGCUGUUCCCACAAUGCAGGGUGGGAUCUUUGCUGCUGGCAGUUGGGACAGUACAAACUUUGACAAAGCGCAAGCACAGAGGAAAUGCCCCACUCUAUGCAACAUUUUAGCAAUAAACCAGCCCUCCUCUAGCCUUACUGCCCUCCUGCUGCUUCCUAAGUGCCCCUCGCUUGUGCUGCUGCCCCUGGCUUUUCUGUCCAGUUGUUUCUGUCCCAGGUUUUCUUCCCCUGCCCCCCUGUUUUGGUGCAAGCAACCUCUAUGGAUGCAUCUCCUCCCCCUCCCCCCCGUCCAUUUCAUGUGGCUAAGGCAGACUGAUGAUUGUAUUUUUUAAUAAAAGUGUAUUUUCAUGA